AUGCUUCGCAAACAAGCCCGCCAAAGGAGAGAUUAUCUCUACCGCCGCGCCCUCCUCCUGCGCGAUGCUGAGAUCGCAGAAAAGCGCGCCAAGUUGAGGGCGGCGCUUGCGUCUGGCAAGCCUCUGGAUCCCAAAAUUGCGAACGAUAAGGAACUGCGGAAGGACUUCGACUACGAUGUGUCUCGGGAUAUUGCCAAGGAGCAGGGCGAAAUUGACAUCGACGACGAGUACUCAGAGCUGUCGGGCAUUGUUGAUCCGAGAGUGCUGGUAACGACAUCCAGAGACCCCAGUUCUAGGUUAAUGGCCUUCUCGAAGGAGAUUAGGUUGAUGUUCCCGACAGCAAUCCGGUUAAACCGUGGUAACCUCAUCCUCCCUGACCUCGUCAUGUCCGCUCAAAGGGAACGCCUCAGCGAUAUUAUUCUUCUUCACGAGCACCGUGGUACUCCGACAGCCAUUACCAUCAGCCACUUCCCGCAUGGCCCAACCCUGAUGGCUUCUCUUCACAACGUCGUUCUUCGCGCCGAUAUUCCCAAGUCCAUCAAGGGCACGGUCAGCGAAAGCUACCCUCAUCUGAUCUUCGAGGGCUUCAGGACACCCCUCGGCCAGCGUGUGGUCAAGAUCCUAAAGCACCUGUUCCCUCCCCGCGAUCCCACCAACAACGCGAAGUCAGGAAACCGCGUUAUUACGUUCGUGAACCAGGACGACUGCAUCGAGGUGCGGCAUCAUGUUUAUGUCCGGACGAACUACAACUCUGUUGAACUGAGCGAGGUCGGCCCGCGCUUCACCAUGCGGCCAUUUUCUAUCACCAUGGGCACUCUGGAGAACAAGGAUGCGGAUGUUGAGUGGCAUUUGAGCCAAUACACUCGCACCGGCAGGAAAAAGAACUAUUUCUGA